AGUAGAGAUGGAAUAAAGUUUUAUGAAUCAGAAAAUAAUGUUAUUUUGUCACCUGGAGAUUUUGAUGGUUAUAUUAAGCCACAAUAUUUUUUAAAAGUGAUAACACAAAGUGGAUAAACAGUAUUAUAAAAGAUAUUAUUUUUUCAGUCAAAUAUGUCUAAAGAGUGUAAAAUUUGUAAAAUAGAAGUUCAAGAUCAGAAUCAAUUUGAAGAACAUUUACAAGGAAAAAAACAUCUGAAUAAUGUUCAACAUUUAGAACAACUUCAAUCUCUUGCUCAGAGGUCCAUUUUUAUUUCUCGUUUUCCACAUUAUAUAUCUUUACAGAAUCUUUUGCACUUCUUUUCUCAAUUUGGUAAAAUAGUAUAUCAUCGUUUUGGUUCUAGUCAUGUUAUAAUUGAAUAUCAAACAAAAGAUCCUGUUGAAUACUUAUUAAAAUAUCCGAUAUAUUUUGGUGGUGUAAGAUUAAAUAUUCAACCUAGAAUAGUGUAUGAUAAUAAAGCUGUUAACAGAAAAGACAAUAAAACUGCAAUACCAGAAGCUAUAAAUGACACAGAAGAUUUGAUGUAUGACAAUAUUAAAUCAAUUUUUGAAGUGGAAUCUACAUUCAAUCAUCAAGUGGAUGCUUUUAUCAAGAGAGUUGCAGUUAGUAAAACUGAAAUAGAAGCUUAUUAUGACUACACUUGUCGUAAAUUGAAUGAAAUAUUAAAAACUAUUUUCAAAGAUUGUAAAACAUACAGGUUUGGUUCUACAGUGUCUGGCUUAGGAUUCAAAAAUUGUGAUUUGGAUAUUUACGUUGAUAUUGGAAUACCAAUAAGUCCAGAAAAUAGUGAUACUUUAGCACCUCAUGCCGUGUCGACAGCUACUAUAUUUUCAGAAGUAAAACGAAUGUUAUAUGCCAGAUCAUCAUUAUUCACAAAAAUUGUUCCAAUACCUAAAGCAAAAACCCCUAUAAUCAAAUUUACAUAUAUACCAACAAAAAUUUCCUGUGACAUUUCUUUCAAGAACAGUUUAGCUGUGCAUAAUAGUCAGUUGGUGAAAUUUUAUUUGUCACUUGAUGAGCGUUUGAAACCCACAAUGAUGAUUCUCAAGUAUUGGGUUAGUAACUUCGAGCUGAGAGGUGGUGAUAAAAUGUCUAAAUAUGCAUUAACAAUGCUGUUUAUAUUUUACCUACAACAACCAGCUGUUAAGCUUGUGCCUCCUAUUAUAGCAUUGAAAAGACAAUGUGUACCUGAAUUUGUCGAGGGCUGGCAAAUCAAUUACAACAGAAAUGCUAUUGGUUAUUGUGCAAAUGAAGUAGAUGCUAAACCUAAAAGCAUUCCAGAAUUACUACAUGGAUUUUUUGACUUUUAUGCAAAUUAUAAAUUCAAAACAAACGUUAUCUGUCCCAUUGAUGGUGUGUCUCAUCAUAGAACUGUAUUUGAACGUCCAGAAACUUUUCCAGAGAGUAUGGAUAGAUAUCAAGUAUAUCUAAACUCCAAAGAAAAUCCAACAUUAUUAUCAACAAACAAGCCAAUGUGUUUACAAGAUCCAAAUGAAUUAAACCAUAAUAUUACAGGAAACCUUUCACUGAGAUAUGUAGAAAAUUUUCAAAAUUAUUGUGCAGCAGCUUCUAAUAUUUGUCUUAAUGCAGCAGAAAACAAUUACAAGGAUUUACUCCCAUCAAUAUUCUCACUUAUUGUUAAAACAAAAAAAUGUAAGCACAAUGUUGAUAUUUUCAUUUAUGCUGAUAAUUUAUUAAAAGUUGGACUUCCUGAAGAUUUUGAAACAAGAACAGAUAUUGCAGAUAAAAAACAAUUCAUGAAGAACAAUUGGUUAGAGUUAGUUUUGAGCAUGGUGAAAAAAUACUUUGAAGAUAUACUUAAAUUCAAAAUACAGCUUGUCAAGAAUGAACCAGAUUCUAAACAACAAAAGAUCGAAGACAAUUCUGAUGUUCAUUCUAAAGAUCAGAAUAAAAUCAUUUGGCAUUGCACAGGAGAUGGCUGUUUGUGGAUAGAUCGUAAAAAAUCUAGUAAUCUUGAUCCCAGUUUAUCUUUACUUGAGAAAGAAGUACAAAUCUCAAAUCAUCUAUAUGAUUACUUGAACUCUAAAAAUAGAUUAGUAAAAUCAAAAAUUGAUUUUACAUGUAACAUAUUAAAAAAAGAGAAUACACCACAUAUUCUUAUAACUUUAAUUAAUGAUAAUACUUCUAGUAGUUUAUUUGCAGAAUUUGCUAACUAUACUAAAAGUAAAAUGCCACACGUCAUAAAGAAAACAUUAAUGCACAUGCAACAAUUUAAAAAUGCAAAUUACAUGACUACUGAAGAGAAGAAUGGCACUCAGGAAGCAUCUGAAGCCAAUGGAUUCAAUUUAAAUGCAAAUGAUGCAAAUAACGAUGACAGAGGAGCUCAAGAUUUAGAAAAUCAAGAUAAUGCAAUUGAAGAUGACUGUAUCAUUGGUUUAGAUGCAACGGAUGUUUGGGAGGAUGAUGAAAAAGACAAACCUCGUCGCAGAAGCUGGGAUCGUGCUCGAGGGGAAAAGAAACGUCUUUCAAGGGAACGAGAAAAAGAGCGAGAUCGAGACAACUACCGUAACCGUCGACGAUCCCGCAGUCGUGGACGAAGAUCCCGAAGCCGCGGGCGGAGGUCACGCAGCAAUGACAGAAGGCGCGAGCCAUCUCGUCGGGAUCCUAGCAAGAGUAACAAAGACAUCGAGCAAGAUAAGUUGCGCGCGAAAAAAGAUAGCGAUAGUAAAAUUCUCGCCGAGAAAGAGAAGGCAAUCAAGACAUUACUCGACUCGGAUAACGUCAUGCCUCCGGGCACCGAGACCGAAGCUAUUCAAAAUAUUGUCGAGAAAAACCAGCAGGAGCAAGAGAUUCGUAAUCAAGAGGACAGGAGUCGCGUGAGCCGAGACAACAAGAAGCGCAGUCCAGUUCACAGCAGACUCGGGCCCAAGAAGCUCAGCAAGAGUCCCAUAAGAUUGUCUCCUCUGCGGCGAGAGCGUCGAAGCCCUUUCAGUCCUGGCCGAAGAAGGAGAAGCAUCGAUCGCGAUAACAGCGUUGAGAGGAGGAUCGCUUCUAGACGCCGCCUACGGGAACGUGUGAUUAGCGCGGCGAGAAGAAGCCGCUCCAGGAGCCGGGAUCGUCGGAGGAGCCGCAGCCGCAGCUACGAGCGUCGCAGGAGCCGCAGUGGUGGUCGCCGCAGCAGGUCGCCGUUCGAGAGGAGGCUACGUCGCCGUACUCUGUCGCGCAGCCGCUCGCCGGAUCGCGCGAGACGCCGGUCGCCCUUCAUCAACGAGCUUGCUCGCCAAUUCAGUCACGACGGCAUGAUGCCCGACAAGCCGAUGGGACCUGGUACCAUGCCCGGCUACGGAGCUGGACCGCCGAUGGAUCCGCGAAUGGGGCCAGGUAUACUCCCGACGCCCGGCAUGCCGGGACCGUCAAUGAUGAACCCCAUGCAUCCCGGUGUGGUUCAUCCAGCCGCUCCGGUUAUGCAUCCGGGUCCCAGAGGACCGCCGUUCUUAGGAUACGAUGGCACUUCGAUGCCCUUCGAGUCGCCGAUGAACAUGGGUCCGACAUCGGUCGACUUUCCUGGCCCAGGGCCAGUCGAUUUUCCGGGCCCAGCGAUGUUCAGUCAAGGUCUUAUCAAUCCAGUCGCUCCACACCCUUUGCGUCCUGUAUCUCCCGUACCUCAACCCGUGCCUGCACCGGUGAUUGGGCAAGGAUACACAGCGGGAUUGGGAGCAUCUCUGCAGCAUCAGCUGGCAAACUCAGGUCCGGGAUCCCGGGACAGGUACUCACCGAAUGCGUCCUACAGUAGUCGUCACUCUGGCUCGCCCAGCGACAAGAUGUUUAGAAACAAAAAUAAGCGUGAAGAACGCAUGAAGACACCAGAGCCACCGAUCAUAUCGGACGUCAAACCGAAUGAAAAGACCAGUUUAUCCAGCCUCCUAGAAGCGUCAGUUUCAAACAAAGAUGUAUCCAGUGCGACAGCUUCGUUCAAAGGAUUCCGUCCGGAGAUAUUGCGGCACUGCGAACGAGCGCUGCGCAGUCUGCCGACGGAGGAUCCUCGAUUGAAGAUGAAAGGUCGCUUCUUCUUCGAGCCGUUGAAGAAGGACGACAAGAAGGAUAAGGCACCACCAGGUUCCAACUCAAUACUUUUGCGCAAAGGCCGUACAGAGAUCUACUGGGACGACGAGGAAGAGCAAACAUCGAGCACCGGUCAACCAUCGUCAGUGCAUCACAUAAUGCGACGAAUUACAACCCAUCAAAAAUAUUGUCAAACGGAGGAGACAGUGCGGGAGUCAGUUGCUGUGCAAGCCGAGGAAACACCAAAGCAAACAUCAGACUUCAGUCAGCAAGUGGUACCGCACGAUCUGAUGCCAUCGCAGGAAGAAACGAGGCGCGUGGCACCGGCUAUGAUCAUGGAGGACAAUCGACGAAUGCCGUCGCUCGAGGAUAUUCGUCGACCUAUCGACGACAGCCGACGAGUGGUCUUGGAGGAUUCGCGGCGAACAAUCGUAGAGGAAUCUCGUCGACCCAUCGACAGACUGGACUGGAGCAUGCGGGAGACCUACGAUCACGGAGCGGAUAGGAUCCGCGAUAAAGAUGAUCUACGUUGGAAUCUGAACAACAGUGGUGGGGGUGGUGUAGGUGCCACUGGUGGUAAUGCCACGAGACCAGGCGACAGACUGCCAUGGUCGCAAGGCUUCUCACCGAAGCCUAUUGAUCAUAUGCACGGCAAUGCACCUAUCAAUACUUCUAUGAAUGAUUUUACGCGGAAAGACAACCGGGACAUGGACAUGCGCGAUCGUGACAUGGACAUCCGCAUGGAUAUGCGCGUCUUGAAAAUGCUGCGAGAGCGCGAGCGUUUGAUGGGUGACGCGAGGGGGACCGCAGGCCUAACUAAUAGGUCUGGUGGGCUCGAUGAAUUUUCGACGCGUAGGCAGCCACCGGUCAACGAUGAGUUUAAUAUGCGCAAAAACUAUGGCGGUGGUAGUAGUAGCGGCAGCGGCGGUGGUGGUGGUGGUGGUGGUCCAGGCAGCAUUGGCAGCUUUAACAGGGCCAUGGAGAUGAUGGAGAAGGAGAGGAACGAGCCACAGUUCGGCGACAGUCCAAUUCCGGAUGAUCCCGAUGACGACUUGGAGAUCAUCGAGGAAAGGGGAACCUGGCCGACAAGGACCAUCGCACCUACUACUAAUCAUCUUGGUAAUGCCCGUGGUGGCGGCGGUGGUAGCAAUAUUAGUAGACCUUUUCGAGGUAGACUCGGCGGUUAUCGCAACUACUAAAUGGUUGUUGUUUGAUUUUUCAUUUCUAUUUCAAUUUGGGUGUGUCAAUAUCAAUUUGUAUUUAAAAAUACGAGCGCUUGAUCAAUUUUGUGUCGGUACCCAUCGGAGUCGUAUAUCUAACACGUGCAUAUGAAACAACCUAAAGGAACUUUGUUGUAUAUAGCUACUCGCUUGCUCACUGUUCUUUGAAACAGAGAUGCUUACUUCACGCAACUACAAUAAUAUACAACUGAAUGUAUAAUCUAUUCAGAUUCGUUGAAAACGAUAACAGCCAAAGUUGACCGUUACGUGGGGAUUAUCUACGUUUUAUUUUUGUGGCCAUUGCUACAUUUUUCUAUGUAGAAAUGCGUGAAAACCAACACGCAGUCAUUAAUUUUAAGAAAAUUAAGUUUUUUUUUACAUUCGGCAAUGAGGAUUUUAUUCUCUUCAUAAGAUUUUAGGAGUGUUCCAGUGAAUAUUCUAUUAAACUUUUACUUAUUUUUCAUUAUAAGAUAUGUGAAACUUAUUCCACUACUAUUCCAUUAGUGCUUUACUUCGUAAAGAGUUGUAGAAAUCAUUCAUUAAUUGAAAAUAAAUUGACUGUAAAAGCAUUAUUAUUAACCUCUUUUUUUGAGAACAUAUGAUUCAUUUGACGCUUAUAUGAUAAACAUUAAAAGGAUUAGAAUCUAAUAACAUUCAUUAUUCACUGUUUGACAUCUUUGUGCACAGAAGUCAAAUAGAUAUUGUUAACAACUUCUUUUAUACGUUGAUUAUGUGAAACAUUACAUUUAUAGAAUUUGGAUACAUAAAACCACAUCAUUCACGGCCGUCGGAAUCAACAUUGUAUUCAACAUCGGAUCUAGUUCGUAUCAUUUGCUCUAAUACUUUUAGUGUAAUUCAAUUUAUUUUGAGUAAAAUAUCAUUUCCGUAAAUGUAUUUGUUAAAUUACUUUUUCCAUGUUACGUUAAUUUACUUAUUUUAUGCAGUAUCUAUCAAAGACAUGUAUUUACGGCAUCGUCCACUAACAAAACAUUUUUAAUGUUUUUUAUCGGAAUGAUUUAUACAAAAUAGUUACAAGUUUCUUGCGUUUAAUAGUGAAAACUACAUUUUGUUAAAUAUUAAAGUGACUAGUGUCUGCAGCGUUUACAUUAGAUGUGGUGUUUUUAAAAAUUAGUUAGAGUUCAAGAAUGUCUUAUAAGUGUGUUUGGUUACCUGCUUUUUAAAAUAUUAUUAUUUGACGAUUCUACAGUUUACAAAACAAUCAAAUACUUUUUUUAUUGCAUAAAAAAAAGUUUUUUUAAUGUCUUACAAAAAAUCAAGUAUAAUCGAAAAAAAAACUAGUAACGGCAAAGCUACCAGUAACAAAGCGAUCAAAUAUACCGAUUCAACACUGUCAUCUUACACGUGGAGAGCAUCCAGGAGAAGAUCGUAACCGUGGUUAAAAUCGUUAUCAAGAUAGCAGCUUCUAAUCUCGAAUAUCUUUUAUGGAUUUGAUUUAUGUAUGUUCAAUAUGUAAUUUGUUAAUUUAAAAAUAUCAAGAAUAUCAUAUGAAUAAAAUAUUCUUAAAAUUUCAAUUAGAACUGUUCGAUUUUUAAUUGGUAAAAGAUGCUGGCCAACGCUUGAGAACCGAAGUAUAUAAAGUAUACUAAUAGUUGUCUAAAAUUAUUUUUAUUUUUUAUUUUCAUGCAAAUUAUUUUAGGAAUUACUUGCAAUAGUUAAUUUUAUAACAUUACGAAUAUUAUUAAAUUAAUUAUUAUAUUACAUAUCAAGAGUAAGUCACAGUUUUAAAAACUGUAAAACCAGAUACUAUUAUAACUAAAUUAAAUUUCAAGCAACCUUCGAUCAUGUAUUAAAUAAAUCUAAACAGUUUUCUUUUAAAAGUGUCUAAUGCUAAAUAUUUGAUUUAACAGUGUUUACAACAAAGUGAGUGAUUCUAAAUAAAUUACAUAGUUUGUUACGAGUUUUUCAUUAUCCUAAUAAUAUUUAAACUUGAUAUAGAAAUAAAUAUUGUAUGAGUUAUAUGUCCCAUAAUAAAUUUCUUACAAAAAACUGGUACAUUGGAUUAUCUUGUUUUGUUAGCCAAACGAAAAUAAUUGAAUAUUAUCGAAUGUGUGAGAUCGUCAUAACAAUGGAGUAAGUUUAUUUAUGCAGUAAAUAUGAUGAAAUGAAAAAAUCAACUCUAUACUUACAACUAUUACUGAUUUUUUUAUAAAAGAAUAAACAGCAAUAUUAUUAUACAAUUAAAUUAGAAUAUCUAAUCCUGUUAUGUACGAAGGUGCAAGUUUUAAUGAUAAAUUAUUUUAUUCUUAAAGAUAAUAUCAAUGUAUGAUAAAAUAUGUGGUGAAGAAUCUAUUAAAUCUAAAUGUAAAUAGCAUAAAUUGCAAAUUACAAUAUUCAUUUCAAAUUUGAAAUUGUUUGAGCUUUAGCGU